UUCCCACUUUCUUGGCUUUCUCUCUGGUGUCGGGUGGAAGGGAAAAUCAAGAUGCUGAGACUGGGCGCAAAGAGGGUUUUAGGAACGACGUCGUUGGGCGCUAGGGUUUCGGCGCGGUUAUACCACGAGCGGGUUGUGGAUCAUUAUGACAAUCCCCGGAAUGUUGGAUCUUUCGACAAGAGCGACCCGAGCGUUGGGACGGGUUUGGUCGGGGCACCGGCUUGCGGUGAUGUCAUGAAGCUCCAGAUUAAGGUCGACGACAAAACCGGAAAAAUCGUCGAUGCUCGAUUCAAGACUUUUGGGUGUGGCUCUGCCAUUGCUUCUUCCUCCGUCGCUACUGAGUGGGUGAAGGGAAAGCAAAUGGAGGAAGUUCUGUCCAUAAAAAAUACUGAGAUUGCAAAGCAUCUUUCACUUCCACCAGUUAAGCUCCACUGCAGCAUGCUUGCUGAAGAUGCCAUCAAAGCGGCUGUUAAGGAUUAUGAAGCUAAGCGUGCUAAGGCAACUGCUAGCGGAGAGGCGGCAACAGAAGAGGCGGCAGCCACUGCAUGAUUUCUUUCGUGUACACAAUGUUGAUGAAGACAACCGUUUGUUUGUUUGUUAAUUCUGUUAAUCAGUUACCAAACGAAGAAUACACCUUAACUCAAGACAUUUUGUCGGAGUUAUUCAGCCAGUGUGUAUUCACAUUAUGUGUAAAGUAAAUAUUUGAGACCCCGGUUAUGAUUUGUUAUCUGCUCGGUAUGUAUUCCAGUAGUUCAAUUAUUAACUGUGUACGCAUACAAUAAAGCAUAUCGGAAUUUUUGGAAGUCCCUCAAUACAAUUAAGCGAAUAGCGUGAUAUUUUC